AUGAAAAGAUUAGCACAAAAAAGAAGAGAGCCAACCGAAACUACUGUUUGUGUAUAAAUUUGUUAAAUUAUAGUUUAGUGAUUUGAAGACUGAACCUGAAGAACUUAAACAACAAGAUAAAAGAUUGAAAAAUUGGAAUAAUAUGUUUGGCAAUUUUUUAGGGGAAGGACUUGUUCGUUAAAAGAAGAAAAAUAAACAUUUUGAUCCUGUAUUUCUAAAAGAAGCUCCUCUGUAUUGUGGAAAUAAUUUGUACGAUAGUCCUUCAGUAAGAGAUAAUUUUGAGAAAUUCAUUGAAGGGGAAAUAACAGCUUGUGAAUUCUUAGCUAGAAAAAAUCAAUCAGAGUUGUUAGAUAGAUAAAGACCUACUUCUCCUAAAAAAAUUAGACUAUUUAGAGUAGAAAAUUGUAAGAAUUAAUCCAACCAAAAUAACCAAUAAACUGGAUUCUUAAAAUUACUGAAAGACAAAACUGAGGAAGUAAAUAAAUAAUUUAGAAUUCAAUCACGAUUUGCAGUUUUAAGAAAUCUAAUAGAACAUAAAAUAAAAAUGAAAGAAGAAGAAGAUAUUAUUAAAAGAAGUAGAGAACUUAAAAAUGUAGGUGUCAUCAAAUAAAUGUAUGAUAUAAGUGAUGAAUAUAUUAAAUUAAUAGAAAGAAGAUUUAUGGAAAAACGAUCAACUCCAGUAAUUAUAAAAAAUUCAGUUAAUGGUUAAUAAAUCAAACUUAUACAACACCAAAACCCAUAUUAAAUUCUUAAAACUGCAUAAUAUGAAAAUGAAACAAAAAAUAAAUAUGAACCACCUACUUAAACUUCUACAAUUAAGUUCCAAAUUGAUAAAAAGGCUUAAUAAUAUAUAGAAGAUUUAUAAACUAAGAAUUGUAUUUCAAAUGAAAAGGCUAAGAAAAAGAUAUUUUUUAAUUCUCAAUAUAAAAAUGUUGUUCAUAAAUAAUCUUAAUCUUUACAUAAUCUUAGAAAUGUAAAAUCUAUGGUUCCAUUUGUUAAAUAAAAAUAUUUAAAUAAUUAAUACAUUAAUAAUGAUUUAGAACUCAUUAAAUACAUAACUGAUUAUUAAAUUGAAGAUCCAUUUCAUGAUAAAUAAAUUUAAUCUAAAAUUAGGAAAUCUUUAUUAAUAUCUGCAGGUAUUGUUCAAAAUCAUCAUUCUCAUAAAAAUGUUCAAAAAGUUAAUAAAUAAACAUAUUUAAAUAUUAAAGAUUAAUUAUCCUAAAAAUCUUCAUAAACAAUAGAUGAUUCUUUGAAUUCAAUGUAUGAAUUUAAUGUUGAUUCUUUGUAUAAUUAAAGUAUUGGUUUAUAAAAUAAACUACUUGGAAAAUAACAUGAUGGUUUUAGUAAAACAAUUAAAUCCAUUUAAAAAAACGAAAGUUUGAAAAAGUAUUAUUAUCUAUUUUAAAUAUUAUUAGAGAAAUUAUCAUAAAAAACAUCUAAAAACUUGAAGGUUUAGAGAAAUUGAAGAUAACAGAAUGA